AUCAGCGACAACAUCACCUGACAUCCACAGCUGAGCAGCUAUGGACUCAGGUGAGGGAUGUGAUCGCGCGUGAUGCCAAGGGACGUGUUGUCCGGAUUUUUCUCCCGGGACAUCAUCGACCAGGAGAUUCAUCAGCUCUGCGAGAAUUGGCCCGUGAUCUUGGAGGACAACACCAUCAUCCGCAAGUCCCAGGGGCGAUACCGGAUCAACGGCCGGGAUGUGUCGGUUCUCCUCAUUACCCACGAGGGCGCCAAGGAGGAGGAAGAGCUCGCCCAUUCCUCCCGCGCCAAUUCUUUGAAUGAGUUGGCGGAGCCCGCGCUCGUGGUCAAGGACGGCCCGCUGACGCAGCCCUUCUUGGACUAUGUGCUAGACACUGGCAAGGAGGAGGUCUACUCCUUGGUGAAGAAAUCCAUGGAGGAGCCGAAGCCCAUCCCCAGCCAGCCCUUGGCCUCGGAUUUGAAGGGGGGCAAGUUGCCGGGAGAGGGCGAUGCCGAACGACUGGAGGCCAUGAGCCUGGCCUGGACCGCGGAGGAGAACUCCCAGGCGCUGGCGGACGUGCCCGCCAUGCCGCCCCCGCCGCCUCUGCCCAAAAGCUCCGAGCCGGUGCAAGCGGCAGCAGGCGUUCCACUGGUGCCGGUGACUUCUUGGUCCGCAGAGAUCGACCAGAAGCUCCAGGCGGAGUCGGUGGUGGAGAUCAUCAUGGAUUUGCCCAUCAUUCCGGCCAGCACUUUCGCGUGCCACGCCCUCACUAGUCUUUGCGCGGGCGGCCAGGUCUGCGCGAAGCCCCAGCCCAUGGGCCCGCGGUGCGCCAGCACGGCCAAGCCCGACGCCGAGACCCGGGAGGUGGAUGUGGGCGCUGCGCCGAGGGGUGAACCACCCGUCGAGCCGUGCGUGUCCUUCCCUUCCGCGCCGGAGGACAUCGUGUGCCCGGAAUGCAGUCCUUCCAGUGAAACGGCAGGCGAGAGGCGCCGACACAGGUUCAACGAGGUCAUUUUGCCCGGGGAGCUGGAUGGCAAGGCGACCUCGCCAAUUCGCAAGGCUCCGAGCAAGCCGGCGCCGGAGAUGCUGCUGGAAGAUGUCUCUUUUGAGAUGAUUUGACGAGGCAAUGGUAUGGAGUAACGGUUAGUUACUCGGACGGUAUAAGACCUGGCUCAAAUCCCCGCAGGUACCACUGGGACGCCCAGCCGUCCCGUGGUGAACCUCAAAAAACGUGCGGCCGAGAUGAUUUGACAGCGUCACUUCUGCCAAGACGACCAUGCCUGGGGUCAACCCGGUUUCCGCUCCCUCGGACGAACAUGGACCUGGAGUCUCCGAGUCUCCGUGACCCGAACAAAAAAUGGUUGGUCAUGAUCAACCGUGAUUUCGGGCAAUGACCAACCAUUAAGGGGUCAUGGAGACUCCAGGUAAGCUUUCCGC